AUAAGCUCAACUCUUGCCCUUUGGUUUUCUUCAAAGAGUGCAAGCAGACUCUGCUGAGUUCAGGUGAAAGCAAUGGAAGGUGUUAAACUGCUGGGCUGGGUCCACCUGGACACUUCAGGGAUUCCUGGUCCCAGCUGGCUCCACAAUUUAAAAGGGAUAGGCUAAGGACAGCUACUUUAUGAGCCUUAGCAAGAGAGCAGGAUGGGUGUUGUAGGGCAGUCUAGGGCUGCAGCAGGAGCUAUGCUCUUCUGGGUGCUUCUUGGUCACCUGGUUUUGGUUAUGGGGGCUCAUGUCAGUGUUUUUUCUGAUCCUACCCUGCUGAUCUGUGGCCAAGAAAGCUUACAGCUCACCUUGCCUCCAGGCUGGGAAGGGAAUGCGUCAUUUGUACUGACUACCUGGGAUACUGAAGGGAAGGCACAUACUCUCCAGAAUGACUCUGACUGUGGGCUCUUGGUAUCUGGGACUCCAGAUGGCUCCAGGAAAGUAUUGGUCUCUUAUGCUGGCUGUUAUGUCUUUGAGUGGGAUGGCAAUUACCUUAUACUGGUUGGGCUUGAAGGAACAGAUGCUGAUGGGCAAAAGGUUCUUCAUGAAGAGACACUACUCAGGUGCCCUGUGGACCUUCCUGCCCUGGAUGCUCCAAGCAGUACUGUCUGUUCAGCUGUUCCUAGCCAGGAUCGGCUGCUGUGUGCCUCCCUGCCCUUCAGCCAAGGAGACUGUGAAGCACAAGGCUGUUGCUAUGACCCCAGAGACAGGGUGAAGCCUUGCUACUUUGGUAAUACAGUGACAGCUCAUUGCACACCAGAUGGCCAGUUUUCCAUUGCUGUUUCUCGGGAUGUGACCCUGCCACCUGUUGCCCUGGACUCAGUGCAAUUGGCCAGUGGACAGGGUACUGGCUGUGUCCCUGUCCUGAAAAACAAUGCCUUUGUUGUGUACCAGUUUCCACUCUCUGCUUGUGGCACUACUUUUCAGGUGACUGGAGACCAGGCCAUAUAUGAGAAUGAGUUGGUGGCAAGCAGGGAUGUGAAGACUGGGAGCUUUGGCUCUGUCACUAGGGAUAGCAUUUUCAGGCUACAUGUCCGAUGUAGUUAUUCCAUCAGUGGGAGCUCCAUUCCCUUGAGUGCUCAGGUCUUCACAUUGCCACCACUCCCUGCUGUGUCCCAGCCAGGUCCUCUGUCUUUGGAGCUGCGUGUUGCCUCAGAUGGAAGCUAUACUUCCUACUAUACUGACAAUGACUAUCCUGUUGUGAAGACUCUGAGAGACCCUGUUUAUGCAGAAGUCAAGCUCCUUCAGAGAACAGACCCAGACCUGAUUUUAGUUCUGCACCACUGCUGGGCCACACCAAGCACCAACCCCCAGCAACAGCUGCAGUGGCCAAUUUUGGUGAAUGGGUGCCCUUAUGCAGGGGACAACUAUCAGACUCAGCUGAUGCCUCAGAGUUUCACCUCAGGACUACUGUUCCCCUCUCAUUAUCAGCGUUUCACUGUCUACACAUUCACCUUUGUGGACUCCACUUCCCAAGAGAAACUCUCUGGGCUGGUGUACCUGCACUGCAGCGCUUCAGUGUGCCACCAGUCUGUACAAGAGUCCUGCACCACCACUUGUCCUGCCAGAGCCAGGGGUAAAAGGAGUGCUGAGCAUCCUUUUCAGGAAGGUACUUCCCAUGUGUCCAGCAAAGGCCCUGUGAUUUUCCUCCAGGAUGAGCUAAGACAGGAUACAGCCAAGGAUGACCUUGGAGUAGCUGUGCAUGCUCCAGCCCCCUGGGCUCUGGGAUUUGCUGCUGUGGCAACUGGGGCAACUCUGUGUGUGGUGCUUGUGAUGUCUGUGCUGUGGCAAAGGAAGGUGUCAGCAACACAUGAACUCAAUGGAUUGCAAUAA